GCGGGGCGGGGGAGGGGGGACACCAUCUAGCAUGCCAGGCUUCAGUUUCCCAAAGGUAAAUAAAUGGGUGUCCCAAAUUUACCUAAAACAAGAUUUAAUAUUUAUUUAGUGGUGUUAUUAACUUAAGUAUGCAAAAAGCAUCUAUUACGUGCCUAGGCACUGGGGAGAGAACAAGAAGAAUUUGCCAUACGAGAUAUUAAAACUUCCUGUAAAGCCACUGUUACCAAAAUAGCAUGGAAAAACCAAACCCAUUGCUGUCAAGUAGUACAUAGAAAUAAACAAACUGAUCAUUAAAAGAGAGAUCAGAAGUAGACCUCAAGAUAUAUGGGAUUCUAAUAGUUAACAAAUCCCAGUUGAAUAGGAAAAGAAUGGUUUAAAAUAGUUAAGUACCAAGUACUUUUCUAAGGUGACAUAGCUAUUAAAAUGGUGAAGCCAGGUUUCAGAUUCAGCCAGUAAAAACAGACAGAUCCUUCAGUUUAGCAGUCUCAGUUAGGGAAUAUAUCCCACAGAGUUAAAAACACAGCCAUAAGCUACAAGGAUGUUUACUGCAUUACUGUUUUUCGUGAUCAGUUAAUUCAGCUCUGAGCUUCCUGGCAGCCUUCUUAAAAAAGGAAAUACAAAGUCGUCCCUUGGUAAUAAUGACGUCUUUGACCAGAGGACAUUAGAAGGUUCAGAAAGUAAAUUAGCAUAGAGUUUUAACCUUGUUAGGUAUAUUGAUACAUGUAAGCAGGGUUUAUGAAAAAUGUUUUGUUGUUAUAACUAACUACAGGGAUAUUUUUAUAAAAAAAUAAUUUUUGCUGAAACACUGCACAAAAAUUUUAUAGACAGUCAUUUUGGCGUCACCUCCUCUGACAGUGUCACCUGGUGUGGUCUGCACCCCCUUAGUGAUACCACUGGCUGGAGGGUAAUAUGUUCUUGGUUUGUAGAUGUUUUAUGGUAUUUGUUAAAGAAAGAUUUAAAUAUUUUUUUGUGGUUCAGUAUGGCGCUAGGUACUAGGGGGACCAAAAAAAGCACACAUUGUGUCCAUGUCUUACAGUAGCGUUUAUUUUUGUCUAAGCUAUUUGCAUGAUAGUAAAUUGUGUAAAUCAGGAAGUUUUCUUUGGAUGUUUACUUUCAUUAUUCCCACCAGUGAUGCAAAUCCUCAAGAGAGUAUUGGUUUUGAAUUCUUAGUUAUCUAGUGCUGCUGUAACAAAUAUCACUAAUGGGUGGCUUUGACAAACAUUUAUUUUCUCACAAUUUAGGAGGCUAGAAGUCUGAAUUCAGGCCUCUGGCUCCAGGGGAAGGCUUUUUCUCUCUUGCAGCUCAGAAGAAGGUGCUUGUCUCCGAGCUUCUGCUCCUGGGUGAUCUUCAUUUGGUUUGGCAUCUGUCUUCCCAUAUCUCUGCUACUUUCCCUUGCUUGUUUUAUCUCUUUUAUAUCUCCAAAGAGAUUGAUUUAGAACACACCCUACACUAAACCUGUCCAUUAACAUAACAAUCUAUUCCCAAAUGGGAUUUUUAACCAUAGGCAUAGAGGUUAGGAUUUACAACACAUAUUAUGGGGGCACACAGUUCAAUCCAUUGUCCACUCUAAUUUUACAAUUAUAGUUUUCCCUCAGUCUUAAUUGAUUUUAAUUUUCUAGUGAAAUUUAUGAAUCUUAAGGCUAGAAUUGCUUCACUGGUAUAAAGUAUAACCUAAUUUUUCCCUUUGGCCUCUAACAGGGUUUUUGUUUUUUUAAAAAAAAAAGUUAGGACAGAUAGUUUAUCUCCAGGAAAGGAUGUUGCAGAGCCUCUGGUAAUCCCUUAUCCCAGGGUUUGACAAUCUUUAUCAUUAUUGUCUGUUUAACCAAAAUCCCUGCUGCUCUAAAUAAGCUAUUUCCCUUGGUUUGUUCUUAGUGAAAAUAGAACAUACUGUCAUGAUUAUAGACAUUACAUCCACUUUUUUUCUCCCCACCCCAAAACUGUUUUCUUUUUAAUACAAUUUCCACUUUUAACUAACCCAAGUUACUUAUAGAUACUAUUGCUGAAAGCCUCAGUUUUGCCAUUUAUUGAGGUGUUAAUUGAAAUAUUAAUAUAUUUAGAGCAGAAAUGUCAUUUUUUAGGGAAUCUAGAACAACAGCAAAGCUGAGGUCAAACUGCCAUAAGGAUGGACACCAAGGAAGCUGUGUUUGGGACAAAAAGAAAUCAAGAUAAGCAACAUGAACCGUGAAGACCGGAAUGUGCUGCGUAUGAAAGAACGGGAAAGGCGGAAUCAGGAAAUUCAGCAGGGCGAGGACGCCUUCCCACCUAGCUCUCCUCUCUUUGCUGAGCCAUACAAAGUUACUAGCAAAGAAGACAAGCUAUCAAGUCGCAUUCAGAGUAUGCUUGGAAACUACGAUGAAAUGAAGGAUUUCAUAGGGGAUAGAACUAUACCAAAGCUUGUUGCAAUUCCCAAGUCUACAGUACCACCAACAGCAGAUGAAAAAUCCAACCCAAAUUUCUUUGAACAGAGACAUGGGAGCUCGCAUCAGAGUAACAAAUGGACUCCGGUAGGACCUGCACCCAGCACUUCUCAGUCUCAGAAACGGUCCUCCGGCCUACAGAGUGGACACAGCAGUCAACGGACCAGUGCAGGUGGCAGUAGCAGCACCAACAGUAGUAGCCAGAGGCAUGACCGUGACUCAUACAGCAGUAGUGGGAGCAGUAGCCGGAAAAAAGGCCAGCUUGGAUCAGAACACUCCAAAUCACGCUCUUCCAGCCCUGGAAAACCCCAGGCUGUUUCUUCAUUAAGCUCAAGUCAUUCCAGGUCUCAUGGGAAUGAUCACCAUAGCAAGGAACAUCAGCGUUCCAAAUCACCUCGGGAUCCUGAUGCAAACUGGGAUUCUCCUUCCCGUGUACCUUUUUCAAGUGGACAGCACUCAAGUCAGUCUUUCCCCCCUUCGUUGAUGUCAAAGUCCAGUUCAAUGUUACAGAAACCCACUGCCUAUGUGCGGCCCAUGGAUGGACAGGAGUCCAUGGAACCAAAGCUGUCCUCUGAGCACUACAGCAGCCAGUCCCAUGGCAACAGCAUGACUGAGCUGAAGCCCAGCAGCAAAGCACAUCUCACCAAGCUGAAAAUACCUUCCCAACCACUGGAUGCAUCUGCUUCUGGUGAUGUGAGCUGUGUGGAUGAAAUUCUUAAAGAGAUGACGCAUUCAUGGCCUCCCCCUCUAACGGCUAUUCAUACACCAUGCAAAACAGAACCUUCCAAAUUUCCUUUUCCAACUAAGGAGUCUCAACAGUCCAGUUUUGGCUCUGGAGAGCAAAAAAGAUACAAUCCUUCUUCUAAAACGUCAAGUGGGCACCAGUCUAAAUCUAUGUUAAAAGAUGACUUAAAACUAAGCAGCAGUGAAGACAGUGAUGGGGAACAGGAUUGUGAUAAGACAAUGCCACGGAGUACACCAGGAAGUAACUCUGAACCUUCACACCAUAAUAGUGAAGGAGCAGAUAACUCCAGGGAUGAUUCUAGCAGCCACAGUGGAUCUGAAAGCAGCUCUGGAUCUGACUCAGAGAGUGAAAGUAGUUCCAGUGACAGUGAGGCAAAUGAGCCGUCUCAGAGUGCAUCUCCUGAGCCUGAACCACCACCAACAAACAAAUGGCAACUUGAUAAUUGGUUGAAUAAAGUGAACCCCCAUAAAGUGUCACCAGCUUCUUCUGUGGACAGUAACAUCCCAUCAUCUCAAGGCUAUAAAAAGGAAGGCCGAGAACAGGGCACUGGGAAUAGCUACACUGAUCCAGGUGGACCUAAAGAAACGAGUUCCGCUACUCCUGGGCGAGACUCCAAAACCAUCCAAAAGGGAUCAGAAGGUGGACGAGGGAGGCAGAAGUCUCCUGCACAGAGUGAUAGCACAACCCAGAGAAGAACUGUAGGCAAAAAACAACCCAAAAAGGCCGAGAAGGCAGCUACUGAAGAGCCCCGUGGAGGCCUGAAAAUAGAAAGUGAAACCCCAGUUGACAUGGCCACUAGCAUGCCCUCCAGCAGACACAAGGCAGCCACCAAAGGCUCGAGGAAACCCAAUAUAAAGAAGGAGUCCAAAUCUUCCCCUCGACCUACAGCAGAGAAAAAGAAAUACAAGUCAACAAGUAAAUCUUCUCAGAAAUCAAGGGAAAUCAUAGAAACAGAUACCUCAUCCUCAGAUUCGGAUGAAAGUGAGAGCCUUCCUCCGUCCUCACAAACUCCAAAGUACCCUGAGAGCAGUAGGACUCCCGUUAAGCCUUCCUCAGUAGAGGAAGAAGACAGCUUUUUUCGGCAACGAAUGUUCUCUCCUAUGGAAGAGAAGGAACUUCUUUCACCCCUCAGUGAGCCUGAUGACAGGUAUCCACUUAUUGUGAAGAUUGACCUGAAUCUCUUGACUAGAAUACCAGGAAAGCCUUACAAAGAAACAGAGCCACCCAAGGGGGAAAAGAAAAAUGUGCCAGAAAAGCACACGAGAGAGGCUCAGAAACAAGCCUCAGAAAAGGUUUCCAACAAAGGCAAGAGGAAACAUAAGAAUGAAGAUGACAACCGAGCCAACGAGAGCAAGAAACCCAAAAUAGAAGAUAAGAAUUCGGCAGGCCACAAGCCAUCCAGCAACAGAGAGUCAUCUAAGCAGAGUGCUACAAAAGAAAAGGAUUUGUUGCCUUCUCCUGCUGGGCCUGUUCCUUCAAAAGAUCCAAAAACAGAACACAGCUCUCGGAAGAGGACUAUUAGUCAGUCUUCCUCCUUAAAGUCAAGCAAUAAUAGCAAUAAGGAGAAUAGUGGCAGCAGCAAAAAUAGUUCCUCCACAUCAAAGCAGAAGAAGACUGAAGGGAAAACUUCCAGUAGCUCCAAGGAGGUCAAGGAUAAGGCUCCAAAUAGCUCCUCUAACUGUCCUCCAUCUACACCAACUCCUGAUGCUUCUAAGCCUCGGAGAACAAAGCUUGCCUUUGACGACAGAAAUUAUUCAGCAGACCAUUAUUUACAAGAAGCAAAAAAACUAAAGCACAAUGCAGAUGCAUUGUCUGAUAGGUUUGAGAAAGCAGUAUACUAUCUUGAUGCUGUGGUAUCUUUCAUUGAAUGUGGGAAUGCGUUAGAGAAAAAUGCUCAGGAAUCCAAGUCCCCAUUCCCUAUGUAUUCAGAGACGGUGGAGCUCAUCAAAUACACUAUGAAGCUAAAGAAUUACUUGGCGCCAGAUGCUACAGCUGCAGAUAAAAGACUCACAGUACUUUGCCUACGAUGCCAGUCUUUGCUGUACCUGAGGCUAUUCAAACUGAAGAAGGAGAAUGCUCUGAAGUACUCAAAGACUCUGACAGAACAUCUGAAGAAUUCUUAUAAUAAUUCUCAAGCUCCAUCACCUAGCUUGGGAAGCAAAGCAGUUGGGAUGCCUUCCCCUGUUUCUCCAAAACUGUCGCCAGGCAAUUCAGGAAAUUACUCUUCUGGAACCAGUAGUGCUUCAGCAAGUGGCUCUUCAGUGACCAUUCCACAAAGGAUCCACCAGAUGGCAGCCAGCUAUGUGCAGGUUACGUCCAACUUCCUCUAUGCCACUGAAAUUUGGGACCAAGCUGAACAGCUUUCCAAAGAGCAAAAAGAAUUCUUUGCUGAACUGGAUAAAGUAAUGGGCCCUCUCAUCUUUAACGCAAGCAUCAUGACAGACCUAGUUCGUUACACCCGGCAGGGACUGCACUGGCUUCGCCAGGAUGCCAAGUUGAUAUCUUGAACUGAACACAUUCUCGUUGCCUCUGAUUUUCUCCACAACACUGUGUCACAUCACGAAGGAAAACUGCCAUAACACACCACCUAGUCGACACUAAGAAUGAGGAAUGGUUUUCUUCUCCCUGGUUCAUAUGGUGUUGUUGUUUAUAACCCCAAGCUAUCAUGUCAAUUGAUCCCUUUAAUGUUCCCAGUAUGAAAAAUUAUUUAAAUAGUUUUAAAUCUGCAGCACAUUGAUAAGAUGGUUUCAUUUUUCUGUAAUAAGAUUCAAAUUCCAGUUGUAAUUCAUAACUGAUUGAAAUUCUAUUUAUUUUAAUUUUUUUAAGUUCCCAGAUUGGGGCUAGUUUAAAGUUUAGUUAUUUCUACCUAUAAAUUUACUCUGUUGAAUAUUUAGCAUAAAUUUAAUGUAGGCAUUUUUAUUUAUAUACUUUGCGAGCUUUGUUACCUAAUAGUGUCUUUUCGUGGUAGCUCUUACAAAAGAGUAAGAGUUGGUUCAUCUUAGAUAUGGACAUAUUCUUUCCACAUCUACUAUCUGAUACUAUUUCAAAUCUUAACUACAGUUUUAUUGCAGAAUUCAUAUUUAGUAUUAAGGAUAGUUUCCACAUGAAAAAUCACUUAAAUAUGAGAAGAUGGCACUCUGUGUGGAUGAAAGAUGAAAUCUGUCUCAUUUGGUAUGCAUUAUUUCAGGAACUGUGAACAUGUGUUAAUAACACUAAAGCAAUCACAAGGUGACUAUAACUUGCAUUUAAUGCAUUACAGAAGAGGGCAGGCGAACUUUCUAGGAGAAGUACAUCAUGCGAAGGGUUGCAUAAAGGGACAAUCUUGAACUUUAUGGAUUUUAUUAAAACCGUGUGUUCUUUUUUGUUGCUAAUUACUUGACACUUAGUUGAAACAGAGUGAGUUACUGUUGAAAGAAGGUUGAUCAGCUCCAGAGGCUUGCUGCCUAAAUCUCUUUAAUUGGUAAUGUUUGAAGGUUAAAAUCUCAUUUCAGAAUUGUUAGUGUUUUUUUUUUUUCCCCAUACUAGAUUUUUUCACUCUGACAUGAGCAUGCGGUGACUGAUGUAGGAAUGGGCUGGAGCUUUUGUGUGUGUGCUUUUGCUCUACAACUUACAACAAUUCAAAUGCCUGAUGUAAAGAUGGUAGAUUUCUCCUUCUAAACCUAUCUUGUAUUUACUCCGUUUGUAUUAUGAGGGCCCCCAUGAAUGAUGUGGGAGCCCUGGUGGCACAGUGGUUAAGAGCUCAGCUGCUAACCAAAAGGUCAGCUGUUUGAAAUCCACUGGCCACUCCUUGGAAGCCCUAUGGUGCAGUUCUGCUCUGUCCUGUAGGGGUGCUGUGAAUUGGAAUCGACUUGAUGGUGGUGGGUUUGGUUUGGUUUUGUGAAUGAUGUAUGUUUCUGAUGGGAGCAGAGAAGUCACACUAGGGAAGUAACUUGGUACAGUGUGAGCUUUCGGGGAAAGGGAGGGGAGCAGGGGUAGAGUUUAAGAAGACAGCUCUGUAAGAGUUGUGUAUCAAAGUACCUUUCCCUACAAGAUGCAUAUAGGAGACAGAGGUGAGAAAUGUACCCUCUAUACUUUGUCUUUAGUGCCCCUGUCAUGUCUGGUGUGCCUUAUUAUAUCUUACCUUUAGAUGAAGACUCUGUGGAUUGUUUACAGAUGAAGCUUUACACUAAACAGGUUGCCCAGCCAUACACCAUUGGUCUUCUGCAGUAAUCAUGUUAAAUUCUGUUUUCUUUUAAAUCUUCCUUUAGAGUCACAAAGAUUAAUUUCAGAAAAACUAACACUUUGGAACGUGACUUAUUCUAACCUAUUGGAUAAUGCUGCUUCAAAAAAUAGUUUGUCCAUCACCCCAUUCCAAAAAUGAACCCAUCUAAUCAGAAAAAAGGAUUGCCCUACUAUUUAGAGAUGAUUGCUAAGGCUGUAGAUGGAAACCUGGAAAGAAGGGAUAGAAAAUCUUCGAGUGCAGUGGUACAGUGAAUCCUGUGUUUGAGUCUCUUUUACACUUAUUUCAGAAGUUUGUAAACUUUCAUCAUCCAGUGGCUUCAUAUUUAUAGAGAUUCUUAACUGUUUGUACUUCAAGUUGUUUUUUACAUAUCAUUGAAGAUUAAGAUCUACAAAUUAUGUUGAAUUUAACCUUUUUCCCAGGAGAAAUUAUCUCUAAUGUCUUUCUAAUUUAAUCUUGUUUAUUUUAGGAACAGUUUUCCUUAAGAGGACACGAUAGUUAUUUAGUAAAAAACUCGCCACUGUUAAUCAAGUAGAUGUAUGUCUUGUCCUCCUCUACCCUGUUUCCUCAAUUUGCAGUGAUGUCUUAGAAAUGAAAAAAGCAUCAUCCAGCGUUCUAGACUUUCAGCAACAGCAGCCAGUGGGGUGCCGCUAAGUUCCAGUGUGUUCUAGUUUCUUGUGUGUCCUGGAGGGCAGCAGGAGCAUUUCUAGGAUCACACUGAAAUUUUGUUAAAGCAGAGUUUCCUGCAUGUUUUAUGGUGCUGCUCUAAGAUACUCUCUUUUUAAAACUGUGUUAAUUCUUGGAGAGUGAAUUUUUCAACCUUUUCAUACUGGAGGAUUUUCCCCACGAAGUGAUAACGGGCAGUGGAUCAAAAUGUUAUCCUAAAUAAUUAAAUUUUCAAUGCCGUAGUCUGUGGCAACACCACUCCCUCUCCUCUGGGUCCAUCUUCUAAAUGUCUGUCUCUGUGUUAUCAUCUGCUCCAGCACAUGCUUUGGACUCCUAUACAGGUGAUCAUUCCUCCCUCCUCAGUAGGUGUCUUCAGUGUUUUCUAACCAUUUAAAACUGAAAUUAACAAGUGGCUAAAAACUUAUUUAGUCUGAGACUUGUACUUAAUAUAUAGUUAAUUAUAGGAAUAGCAACUAUUUUAAAAAUUACUCUGUUGACUGCUCUUUAAGACCACACUUGUAUGCCAGGAGACAGCAGCGUGCAACAUCGGACCCUUUACAGGCAACCAACGCACAGACUGUGGUGGAUGAAGUUUUCACAUGGUAGUCUUGCCAGCCUGGGCUCGGCUGCAGGGAGCCCUUCCCUCCAGGUGAUUCAAGCUUUCACAGCUCAGCCUAUGCUCUAGCCUGGCGGGGGCGCACCCAGCCCAUUUCUUGCCUCAGUGCCACUUUUCUCUGUGCAAGUAGCCAAGAAGUGACUUUAUAAGCAGUGAGUACUGGUAUGUUCAGAUAAAUUUACAGCUGUAGCUGGUGAAGACUGGAGAAGGUUGACCAGCACUGAUUUAAUUCUCCACUGUAAAAGCAAUCUAGAGUAAUGUGUGUACAUGCCCACACACACUUGUGCCUCCGGGGAGCUCUUGCACUGAUGGAUCUAUGGGCAUCUGGGCUGCACUUUGAAUGACACACUUGUGGCUUUAUUAAAUUCACUGUUGUUGUUUUUUUCAUUGUUUUCGUUAAAGGUUUAAUCAGACUAGAUCAGACAACAUUAUUUUGUAUUUAAUGACAGAAACUUUGGGAAACUUAACUUUUAAUGAAUGAGCUUGCAUUGUGAAGCAAGAGCCUAAAAAAGGCACCUAUUAUAAAUGGAAGUUCUGGCUCUGGAGGCCAGCACUCCAUGGCAUUUCAGAGCAGCCAGUGGUCGCUCCAAUCAGUGAUGCCUAGUUGUGUAGAGGAGGGGGUACGCUGUGUACUCUUCUAGGUGUGAGGGUAUGCAACUUUGGAUUUUAAAAUUAUGUACACAUACACACUUUAUAUAUAUAUGUAUGUAUGUAUGAAAACAUGAAAUUAGUUUGUCAAAAAUGUGUGUGUUUAGUAUUUUAGCUUAGUGCAACUAUUUCCACAUUAUUUAUUAAAUUGAUCUAAGACACUUUCUUGUUGACACCUUGAAUAUUAAUGUUCAUGGGUGCAAUGUGUAUUCCUUUAGAUUGUUAAAGCUUAAUUACUAUGAUUUGUAGUAAAUUAACUUUUAAAGUGUAUCUGAGCUCUUCUGUAGUAAUACAGGGCUCUUACAGGGUGGGAAGGAUUUUAAUUUUCCAGUUGGUAAUUGAAAAAAAAAGGCUUCGUUAUGUAUUUUGAAUUAUAGGAGUUUGCCUCUGGGUCCCAGAGACAUCUACUAAGGGACAACUGCUUCCGGCAUAUUGUGAUUUUUUUUUUUUUUUUUAAAAAAAACCUGAGUAACAUGGGGAGCAAAG